UGUUAUCAAAACCAACUACCAAAUAUAUUUCUAAGAAUCUGCAAUUUUUAAGUAAGACAAUCCUGAGCAGAUCUUCUAUACUAUUCUAGAUUUCUAGCUGGUGAUAUUCUCCUGCCUAUAUAAACUCAAUUUUGCUCUGGUUUUAGACAUAGAUCAUACAUCAAAAGAUUUGGUGACAGAGGGCAGUCUAGCCUCUAGCAAGUCAUGUUUCAUUUAGAAUUUUCUUUUAUUUUGUUUACACAUAUUCAAAGGAGGCACAUCCUCCAUGGAAGGAGCAAGGUUGUUGUUCAUGGCAUUUCAGAAGAGAUUCUCAUGUGGCCUCGUCAUCUCCACCAGACAAAUAAAGAUUUCAUGGCAAGAGACUAAAGAAUGCUAAAGUCAUUGUGGGGGAUGAGAUUGGAGGCAAUUAGGCAUGUCAGCCUGACUAAUAACUUGUGGAAAGGUUGAUCCUCGUCGACCUAACAGCAGAGUCAAGGAUUUCCCGUUCAGAUGCUGACAGAUUGUUUCCGGAUGUAACCUGCCAUUACAAGAACCCAGUUCAACUGAAACCAGGAUACAAGCAAGAAGUCAUCCUUUUUCAGGUUACUGGGUAUUGUUUUGAGAGAGAAAAUAUGGCAGGCGGAGUUAACAGGAAGAUAUCAGCAGCAUCAGCCAGGGCUCACACCAGAAAAUCUAAUCGGGGUACUUCUUUCAAGCUUCCUGCAGGUAUGUUUAGGACAAUACUAGCAGUCUUGUUUGUGGGGAUUUUGGCAUGUAUUUACCAGGUAAUCCAACCACCUCCACCAAAGAUAUGUGGCUCUCCUAAUGGCCCCCCUGUUACAGCACCAAGAAUAAGGCUUAAAGAUGGAAGGUGUUUAGCGUACAAAGAGUAUGGUGUUCCAAGGGAUGUGGCCACUUAUAAAAUUAUAUACGUGCAUGCUUUCAAGUCUGGUAGGCUAAAUGCCGUUGUUGCAACUACUCUAUCUCCGGAAGUUUUUGAAGAGUUGGGAGUCUACAUUGUGUCUUUUGACAGACCAGGUUAUGGAGAAAGUGAUCCCAAUCCAAAACGAACAGUAAAGAGCAUGGCAAUGGAUAUAGAAGAGUUUGCUGAUCAGUUAGGACUAGGAUCCAAAUUCUAUGUAAUUGGCUAUUCCAUGGGAGGGCAAGUGAUUUGGAGUUGUCUCAAGUACAUCCCUAAUAGAUUAGCAGGAGCAACACUAUUAGCUCCAUCUGUUAAUUAUUGGUGGCCUCAUUUUCCUGCAAACGUAUCUAAUGAAGCUUUCAGUCAGAAGUCACCACAAGACCAAUGGGUUUUUCGUGUUGCUCACUAUGUCCCCUGGCUUGUUUACUGGUGGAACACACAAAAACUGUUCCCUGCUUCUAGUGUUUUAGCUGGCAAUUCUGAUAUUUUGUCCAGUCACGACAAAGAAAUCAUGUCUCAGAUUUCUGCAAGAAAGAAUUUUGCGUAUGUUUAUACAGGAAAGGCACAUAUUGUAAUGUCACAACAAGUUACACAGCAAGGAGAAUUUGAGUCCCUUCACCGAGAUCUUAUAGUUGGACAAGGAGCCUGGGAAUUCGAUCCUCUGGAGCUGGAAAAUCCAUUCCCAAACAAUGAGGGUUUUGUACACCUUUGGCAUGGGGAUCAGGAUAGGAUUGUGCCCAUUACAAUGAACCGCUAUAUUGCUCAACAACUUCCCUGGUUGCACUACCAUCAGGUUUCGGGUGCUGGGCAUUUGUUUCCUCUGGCUGAUGGGAUGUCCCAUGCUAUUAUAAAGGCACUUUUAUUUGGAGAAAAGUAGUGAGUAAUGGGCUACCUCAGGUCACUUAUAUGUUCUUGUAAUGCUUUAUGAGCUGAGAUUUGAAAUUUAAACAUUCUAAUGUAUACUACAAAAUUUGUACCA